AUGGCGGAACAAGAAUUCGCACAACGUGCCGCAAAGACGAAACGGUCGCAAGCAAAGGCCGCGUGUACGCGCGGGAAGACGUUCGUGGACGAAACAGGCGACAAACCCGUGUCGGUAAUCGAAUUGCGACAGAGACAAGCAAAGUUUCGCGAGUGUUGGCAAUCAUUCGAAGACGCGCAGUCCGACAUCGAGAUGUUUGAAAACGCGAACGAGCAGGAAAUCGUGAAUAACGCAGAGCGUCAAUCGUUCGAGGAGAAAUAUUUCGAGGUCGACGCGAGGUUCGAGGAGCUUAUAAUCGAGCGUACACCAGAAACGGGCGCUGCCGGCCCCAAUCCGUUCGACAUGUUUCGAGUGCCGGGUAAUCGCGAUAACCCUCCGCAAGUCCACGCCAAUAUGAAGUUACCGCGAAUUGACCUUCCUACGUUUUCGGGUUCGUACGAGGAUUGGUAUCCAUUUCAUGAUGUGUUUCAUUCGAUGAUACAUACGAACACUACAUUACCGACCGUACAAAAGAUGCAUUAUCUGCGAUCAUCUCUCAAAGACGAAGCGGCAGACGUUAUUAGUUCAUUAGAUAUAGCGGCCGAAAAUUACGAAGAAGCAUGGGCGAUGUUAAAAGAGCGAUAUGAUGACCAGCGGGCUAUAAUGCAGAAGCACAUUAAAGCGAUAUUCGGACAGUCAGUGUUGCAUAAGGAAAAUCAUGCUGAACUGAGGCAUCUUUUGGAUAAUGUAUUAAAGCAUUUGCGAGCGUUAAAGGUAUUAAAACGUCCUGUCGACCAAUGGGACGAUCUUAUUAUUUACGUAAUUACAACUAAAUUGCCGCCGGCCACAAACAAAGAAUGGGAGACUAGCCUCAAAGAUUCAAAUAUUCCGACUCUCAAACAAUUAACGGAUUUUUUGGCUCACAGGUGUCGUACACUAGAAGCGGUUGAUAGGAAUCCUCAAAGCCCCGCAUCGUCUAAUAGCGUUGGUAAGACAAAUACAAAGAAGUCUACUGUAGCAAACGUAGCAACUGGCAAUUCAGGAUGUGUCCUUUGCAAGGGCGAUCAUCCUAUCGUUCUUUGUGGCAAAUUUCUCGGGUUCUCAGUCGACAAGCGUUUUCAAGAAGUCAAAACCCUCAAGCUGUGCUUAAAUUGUCUCAAAUCCACAGAUCAUCGAGCGAAGAAUUGCAACGCCGGCUCAUGUAAGAAGUGUAGUAAGAGGCACAAUACUUUAUUACACAUGGAAUCAACCCCGCAAGCGAAGGAAACUGAAACGAAGUCCACGGAUGUGGUUGCCUCUGUGCAAUCAGCAUCAUUAACGAGCGUAAAUCACGUCACACGGUUGUCAGGGCAGCAUGUCUUACUGUCCACAGCAAUCAUUCACGUUCAGGAUAAUAAAGGAAGUAUUCUACCGUGUCGAGCUAUUCUCGAUGCUGGCUCGCAAGCGAACUUCGUGACAUCAGAACUAGUCGAAAAGCUCGGGCUCAAGCGACAUCCUACCUCUGUGCCAAUAAGCGGAGUGGGAGAAUCGAGCACUGAAACGCAUAGCUACGUUAACAUAAUGGUGCAGUCUCGUUUCAACGGCUUCAAGGUAGAACUCAGAUGCCUUGUGCUGCGUAAGAUUGUACAGGACAUUCCAAAUACACCAAUGAGAAGAUUGGACAUUCGCGUUCCACCAGGAAUCAAGUUAGCGGAUCCCAAUUUUAUGGAGACAUCAAAGAUAGACAUACUCAUAGGAGCAGGACUUUUUUGGGAUCUCCUCUGUGUAGGUCAGAUAAGGACCACACCAGAUCAGCCACGUUGGCAGAAAACACAAUUCGGCUGGAUCGCAGGAGGUGAAAUCAGCACAAGAAAGACGCAGUCCGAAGCAACGAUCUGCAAUCUUAUCACCAACGAAGCACUCGAUAAUGCUAUAGCGAAAUUUUGGGAAAUCGAGCAUGGCGCGCGGAAGAUCAAGAUGUCAGCAGAGGAUCGUAAGUGCGUAGAGCAUUUUAAGUCAACGGUCAAAAGAAAUUCGACGGGCAGAUUUAUAGUCAAGCUCCCGAUCAAGCACGAAGAAUUAGCGCGGCUCGGUCAAUCAAAGGACAUUGCUACACGACAAUUUAUAAAUCUCGAACGCCGUCUAAAUCGUAAUCCGUCGCUCAAAAAGGAUUACACGGACUUCAUCCAUGAAUACGAAGCGUUGGGGCAUUUGAGAGAGGUGCAAGGUCAAGAUAUAGAAACCUUCCCGCACUGCUAUUUGCCUCACCAUUGCGUGAUCAAAGAAGAGAGUGAUACGACCAAACUAAGGGUUGUAUUCAACGCCUCGUGCAAAACGACAACGGGCGUUUCACUUAAUGACUGCCUGAUGGUCGGGCCCUCACUGCAGCAGGAUCUCUUUUUUAUUAUUUCAAGAUUUCGUACGUUUGAAUUUGUUUUAGUUGCAGAUAUAACAAAGAUGUACCGCCAGGUGCUGGUCGACGAAUCACAGGUAUCUUUGCAACGUAUCCUGUGGCGCGACACUCCGGAUGGUCCGAUAAGAGUGCUAGAAUUAUUAACAGUCACGUAUGGCACUGGCGCAGCAGCCUUUCUUGCCAUUAAGUCAAUCAGAACACUGGCAGAGAUUGAAGCAAAGAACUUCCCGAUUGGAUCGAAAAUCGUGUUGCGGGACUUUGACGUCGACGAUCUCAUUACUGGGGCAAACACGAAGGAAGCAGCACUGCAAGUUCGUGAUGAGACUACAAAGCUUCUUGAAAAAGGUGGUUUCGUAUUACGUAAAUGGGCUUCCAACAGUCCUGAUCUGCUUGUUAAUCUUCCUGACUCUUCCAUGAUGAAUUCAACACGAACAUUGGACAAAGAAGGUAUGUGCAAAACAUUGGGCAUUCAAUGGAAUCCAAAGGAUGAUGUAUUGCUGUAUCGAAUACAAAUCAAAGCGGACACUAAUCAGCGCGUGACAAAGAGAACAAUUUUGUCAUGUGUCGCACAGAUAUUUGAUCCCUUAGGUCUUCUUGGACCGGUCAUAAUACUUGCAAAAAUGUUGAUUCAACGAUUAUGGACAUUGCAGCUCGGCUGGGAUGAAUCUUUGCCCGCAGAGUUGCACACGCAAUGGAGUAACUACAAAUCGCAACUUAGCCAGUUGAAUGAUAUUCGCAUUUCCCGCAGAGCAGUCGAAGUUAAAUCAAGCACACGCAUUGAGCUGCACGGGUUUUGCGACGCGACUCAAAAUGCAUAUGGAGCAUGCAUAUACUUACGCACUACAAAUCAAAGAAGAGUGCAUACUACGAAGCUAUUAUGCGCGAAGUCACGAGUAGCACCCCUGAAAGCCGUGUCUUUGCCUCGAUUAGAGCUAAGCGCUGCGCAACUGUUGGCGCAACUAACCGACAAAGUCGUUCCUAUUUUGGAAUUGAAGAUUGACGCAGUAUACCUUUGGACAGAUUCUCAAAUAGUUUUGGAUUGGAUCAACUCCUCAAGUCGAAGAUUCAACACUUUCGUUGCCAAUAGAGUGGGUGACAUACAAGAGCUCACAUCGGUUCAAAGCUGGUCUCACGUAGGUACCGAAUGUAACCCUGCAGAUAUUCUAUCGCGUGGAGCCACUCCUUCUGUUCUCAAGGACGCAGAUCUAUGGUGGAAUGGUCCAUCGUGGUUGCGCGACGACGAAUCCUCAUGGCCUAAAGUCGUACGAUCUUCAGUCAAUGCGGAAGAGCUACCUGAGCAGCAAAAGACAAUCGUAGUCACUUCUACUUCACAUGAAGAAUUCGACAUCAUCGAUAGAUUUUCGUCAUAUGUUCGAUUGAUUAAAACGAUUGCGAGGUGUCUUCGUUUCGUGCAUAACGCAAGAUCCAAACCGAAUGAUCGUAGGUUCGAUUCCAUUUCCGCUCAAGAAUUGGAAGUAUCUCAAAGGCUUAUCAUUAGAAGAAUACAGCGAUUAAUAUUUCACAUGGAAAUUGAAGCUAUCGAAAAUCAAAGACCAAUUAGGAGAGAUAGUCGUUUGCUUGCUUUGAACCCCUUUUUAGAUCACGAAGGAUUAUUAAGAGUUGGUGGACGUCUGAAAAAUGCUAAUAUCUCCUAUGAAAUCAAGCAUCAGCUGAUAUUACCAGCACGUCAUCGGCUCACUCGUCUCAUUAUUGAGCAAGAGCAUAAAAGAUUACUACAUGCAGGACCUCAGGCCACUUUGGCAGCUAUAAGAGAACGUUAUUGGCCUCUGAGUGCUAGAGGGAUUGUUCGCGAAGUUGUGCAUAAGUGUAUCAUCUGUGUCAAAGCUAGGCCCCGUAUAUCUAAACAAAUUAUGGGCGACCUUCCGGCCACUCGUGUGCCUCCCGCUCGGCCAUUUCAUAAUACAGGUGUCGAUUAUUGCGGUCCCAUAUUUCUUCGAGAGGGAAAGCGAAGAAACGCAAGAAAAUCUAAGGCUUGGACUGCAGUAUUUGUUUGUUUCGUCACGAAAGCGGUUCAUAUCGAGGUUGUAUCGGAUUUAACCACAGAAGGAUUUUUAAGUGCAUUAAAACGUUUCAUUGGUCGACGAGGAAGACCAGCUAACAUAUAUUCGGAUAAUGGAACUAAUUUCGUGGGAGCCAAUCGCGAAUUAGAAGAAUUGCGGACUUUAUUUAAUCGAGAAGAGUUUCGGCAUAACAUCACCAACAAGAUGGCAGAAGAUGCUAUUACUUGGCAUUUUAUUCCUCCUCGCGCACCUCAUUUCGGUGGAUUGUGGGAAUCUGCAGUUCGCUCCACUAAACACCAUUUAAUUGGAGUUUCCGCCGAUGGAUCGUUGACAUUUGAGGAGGCAGUCACAUUAUUAUCGCAAAUCGAAGCGAUAUUAAACUCGAGACCCUUAACUCCUUUAUCUUCUGAUCCCUUGGAUCACUCCUAUCUAACCCCUGGGCACUUUUUAAUUGGAGACUCACUUAUUUCGUAUCCAGAGCCUACAUUACAGGAUUUGCCAGUAAAUCGCUUAUCUCGCUGGCAGCGUAUCGAACAAAUGCGUCAGCAAUUUUGGAGGCAAUGGUCAGCUGAUUAUCUCAAUACAUUACAACAGCGAUCCAAAUGGAAGCAAACUAUAGGGCCUCAACUUCAAGUCGGUCAAAUGGUGGUUGUACGAGAAAACGAUUUACCCCCUUUGUCUUGGCUUACUGGUCGGAUUGUUGAAGUUCAUCCGGGAACUGAUGGAAUGAUCAGAGCGGCCACUUUAAAAACCGCUAAAGGAACCCUUAAGCGACCUGCUUCUAGGAUAUGCAUAUUACCUAUUGAAGUUUAG